AUGAUCGAAGUGCAGGAGGCACUGACGAGUAAAUCGGCUCUCGCUCUCACUGCGGCGUCAAACUUUCUAUCCGCAUUCGCCAUUGCCUUCAUCAUGAACGCGCGGCUGGCUUUGAUUCUUUGUAGCAUUCUAGUCGCCAUGAUCUUGGUGACUACGGGAACCUCGCGCUUUGCGGUCAAAAACUCCAAAAUAUCCAAGGACUUUUACUCUGUCGGCUCCAACGUUGCGUAUGAAGCGAUCUUGAACAUCAGGCACGUCGUAUCCUCCAACAGUCAAAAUCAAUUGGCUGAAAAGUACGACAAGUUCAUUCGCGGCGCUGAGAGAUACGGUAUCAAGUCACGCGUCUACAUGGCAGUUGCAUUUGGCUGGUCGAGCGGCAUGCCCAACUGGGCGUAUGCGCUAGGAUUUUGGUCCGGCGCCAAGUACUUCCUGAGCAGAGGAGAUUCUGACGUGGCAGCUGUAGUUGCCACGACGAUCACAGUGGUCAACGGUGCUUUUGCCAUGCUUCGUGUCAUUCCUCUCCUAGAAGGUUUUGUGGCGAGCAUGAGCAGCCUCAGUGCCACCUUCAAGAUUAUCCAUAGGCGGUCUGCGAUGGAUCCCUUUGAGAACACCGGAUUCAUUCCCGAUAGGCUGACAGGUAACAUCGAGCUCGAGAAUGUGGAGGUCGUCUAUCCUUCUCGAAGGAAAACCAAAGCAUUGAAAGGCGUCAACAUUUCUAUACCGGCUAGGAAGACUACUGCCUUGGUUGGUCUCUCUGGCUGUGGCAAAAGUACCAUCCUGAGCUUGCUGGAGAGGUUUUACGAGCCCACAGCGGGAUCGAUACGCGUUGACGGUGUUGACCUGGCUGAUUUGAACCUGUGUUGGUGGCGGAAGCAAAUGGCCUAUGUUGGGCAGGAACCAACGUUGUUCAACACCACAAUCUUCGAAAACAUUCGCCAUGGCUUAAUUAGCUCUGCAAAAGUGGCGACCAAUGAUAAGGAGGAUCGAGAGCGUGUGAUUGCAGCCGCGAAGGCGGCAUACGCACAUGACUUCAUCAUGGCACUGCCUCAGGGUUACGAUACCGAACUCCGCGAGAAGGGUCACUCAUUGUCCGGUGGACAGCGUCAGCGCAUAGCCAUCGCUCGUGCAAUUGUCUCGGAUCCCAAGAUACUUCUGCUCGAUGAAGCCACAGCUGCCCUUGACACACACUCGGAGAAGGUGAUUCAAAAAGCUUUGGAGUCUGCCUCUCAGACCAGGACGACAAUCGUCAUCGCACAUCGCCUUUCUACAAUACGAAAUGCAGACAACAUCGUCGUGAUGCAGGCUGGAGAGGUCGUCGAGCAAGGGAACCACGACGAACUGCUUGCACAGCGUGGACUUUAUGCAGAACUCAUCCACAGGCAUCAACUGAGAACCGCAACGACAGAAUCGGACACUAAUGAUGGAGCUUACAGCGAAGAGAGGGAAGAUGAUAGCAGCGACGACGACGACCUUGACCUCGACGAUAUAGAACUGCAGGAACUUGUCAAAAACCGCGUAGAGUCUCCCCAAGCCACGAGCAGCUCCAACAAGGAUCUCGCAAAGCAAGAUGAUAUGCCAUCAGUUUGGCGUGCUCUAUGGAUGAUUCUACAGUUGAACUGGCCCGAGCGAUGGUACCUCUGUGGAGGCAUUAUUACGUCUUUACUGGCCAGCGCCAAUCUAAUCAUACCCGCAGUUUGGUAUGCAAACACGCUGAACGCAUUCUCGCUCACAAACGCACACGAAAUGAUGCGAAGAACUGAUUUCUGGACGUCGAUAUUUGCGAUUACGGGAAUCUAUGGCUUUAUUGUUGGCAUACUCAACGGGGUCUUCUUCGCCGUUUCGACAGAGAGACUUGCCCGCCGUGUCCGCGAUGCUACUUUGCGGGCCAUCCUGCGUCAAAACAUUGGGUACUUUGAUGACAAGGCACAUGAUCUCAUACGGAUGGCUUCAAAGCUGAGCAGCAGUGCCACUGAUCUGAUGGGCUUGAGUGGCAUUGUCAUUGGCAGUAUUGUCACUUUUGCCUCGACCAUUGCCCUGGCCCUGGGCGUAGCCCUGGGCGUGGCGUGGAAGUUAUCGCUCUUCUGUCUUCCACUCGUACCUAUUCUCGCGGGACUUGGUUGGGUCCGGCUCAAGGUCAUCAUGGUCUUCGACAGCAAGAUCCGCCAAGCUGGCGAGGAAGCCGCUGCCUACGCGGGCGAGGUCGUUGGUGCAAUACGGGUUGUCGCCUCUGCCGGCUUGGAGAGGUAUGUGCUCGCCAGGUACAGCACAAUCCUGGCGACGCAAGCUGCGCAAUCUCUGGGGCCUAUUCUUCGCACCUCUGCACUUUACGCAGCAUCUCAGGGGAUCAAUUUCCUGGCCUCUGCAUUAGCAUUUUGGUAUGGAAGUUUUCUGCUCGCCCGAGGGGAAUACACUUUGACGCAGUACUACAUAUGCCUUAUUGCUCUAGUUUGGGGAGCUGCAGUUGCCGGCGCGUUGUUCAACUUUGCUCCAAAUAUGAGCAAGGCAGCACUUGCUGCCCAUGAGCUGGAGCGGCUGUUUGAAAGGACGCCAGAGAUAGACUCGUGGUCCCAGCGAGGGAAGCGAGUAUCACGCGAGGACAAUGAGGGGCACAUUGUAUUUGAAAACGUAUCCAUGGCGUACCCUUCCAGUCCGCAAACCAUGGCUCUGCGCCAUAUCAACCUCGAAAUCCCCGUGGGCAAAUUCGUUGCCAUUGUCGGCGGCAGUGGCAGUGGGAAAAGCACAGUCCUGUCGCUCCUCGAGCGAUUCUACGACCCUACGCAUGGCCGCAUCACAUUGGAUGGCCAGGAUAUUCGCCAGCUUCACCUGAACAGCUACCGACAGAUGAUCUCACUUGUCAGUCAAGAACCUGCCAUCUUCUCGGGCACAAUUCGCGAAAACCUAAUGAUUGGCCAAGAUGCCUUUGAGUUCGUCAGUGAGGAGAGACUGCACGCCAGCUGCCGAGCUGCCAACAUUCACAACUUCAUCACUUCCCUCCCAGAGGGUUACGAUACUCAGGUCGGAUCGGGCGGCAGCAUGCUUUCUGGCGGCCAAAAGCAGCGCCUCACCAUUGCUCGCGCCCUCCUGCACGACAGGCCCAUUCUGCUGUUGGACGAGGCCACGUCAGCGCUUGACAACAAUAGCGAGAAGCUCGUUCUGACUGCCUUGGAAGCAACGCGCCAAGGGCGGACCGCGGUCGCCAUCGCUCACCGGCUGGCGACUAUCCAACAUGCGGAUAUCAUUUAUGUCUUGGACAAGGGAAGGUUAGUCGAACAGGGGGCCCAUGAAGCCCUUCUGCGCAUGCAAGGCGUUUAUCAUGCCCUAGUUAAAUCUCAAGGGCUAUAG